CAAAUCCAUCAUCUUCUUUUUGUGAUCAUCAGCCUUAUUUUGGAAGAUGAGGUUUUUCUGCGACUUUUUGUGCACAUAAAUUGUGAAAGGAAGAAGAAAACAGGAGUCUUGAAUUCGUGCUGUGAAGCCGCAUCAUCUCCUAUGCCGUUUUAACCGUCUCGACGGCACGUUUUGAGAUUGUUCAAGAGAAACGUUGAAGUAUAAACACAAGGAUAAAGAUGAAGAAGUUCCGCAAGGUUUUGGACGGGUUGACCACUUCUUCACCUGUCAAUCCAGGUGGAUCACCCGCGUGCGGCAGUGCGGCUGGGACCCCCAGUACGGCACCGACACCGCGGGAGCUGGAAAUCCAGGAGACACUGAUGUCUGAGCACUUCCAAAUCUGCAAGACAGUGCGUCAUGGAGUUCCCUAUCAGCCCACAGCUCUGGCAUUUGACCCGGUGCAGAAGAUCCUUGCCACUGGCUCUCGUUCCGGAGGAGUACGGCUUCUGGGACGGCCAGGAGUGGACUGUCAUUGCCAGCAUGAGAGUGGGGCGGCAGUUCUCCAACUGCAGUUUCUCAUCAACGAGGGGGCGCUGGUCACAGCUUGUGCAGAUGACACGUUGCAUCUCUGGAACUUGCGACAGCGACGUCCGGCUAUCCUACACUCUCUCAAGUUCAACAGAGAGCGGAUCACAUUUUGUCAUCUUCCGUUUCAAAGUAAGUGGCUUUACGUGGGGACAGAGCGUGGAAAUACACACAUAGUGAACAUCGAAUCCUUCAUUUUGUCUGGAUAUGUCAUUAUGUGGAACAAGGCCAUAGAACUAUCAACAAAGACACAUCCAGGUCCCGUUGUUCAUCUGAGUGACAGUCCAAAAGAUGAGGGAAAGUUGCUGAUAGGUUUUGAGAGUGGUACAAUAGUAAUGUGGGACCUGAGGGCCAAAAGAACUGACUUCAGGAUACACUAUGAUGAGGCUAUUCACUCAGUAAGUUGGCAUCAUGAGGGCCGGCAGUUCAUGUGCAGUCAUUCUGACGGCAGUCUGAGCAUGUGGAACCUGAGAAACACAGCCAAACCUUUUCAAGUCACCUUCCCUCAUGGUAAGACUCAGAGAGAUGGUAGAAAAGAGUCAUGUAAACCCAUUCUCAAGGUCGAAUACAAGACCUCCAGAAACAGUAGUGAAGCAUUUGUUGUCUUCUCCGGGGGUCUUUCGUAUGAUAAGGCAGGACGUAGACCCACCCUAACCAUCAUGCAUGGCAAAGCCAUCACAGUGUUAGAGAUGGACUAUCCAAUAGUGGACUUCCUAGUGCUCUGUGACACGCCCUAUCUCAACGAGGUCCAAGAGCCGUAUGCGGUGGUGGUUCUGCUGGAAAAAGAUUUUGUUGUGGUCGAUCUAACCCAGAGCAAUUUUCCUAUCUUUGAGAACCCCUACCCCAUGGACAUCCAUGAGUCUCCAGUCACGUGCACGGCUUACUUUGCCGACUGUCCCCCCGACAUCAUACCCGUGCUUUACUCCAUAGGAGCUAAACACAAAAAGACCGGCUACAGCCACAAGGAGUGGCCUGUCAGUGGUGGCACAUGGACAGUCGGUUCACAGACAUAUCCAGAGAUUAUCAUCACAGGACAUGCAGACGGAUCAAUAAAGUUUUGGGAUGCCACAGCGAUCACACUGCAGAUGUUGUAUAAGCUCAAGACGUCAAAGGUGUUUGAGAAGCCUAAGAGUGGAGAUGUGGGACGCAGCGCUGAGCUUGUGGAGGAAGACCCCUACGCUGUUCAGAUGAUCAGCUGGUGCCCGCAGAGCCGUAUCUUUUGUGUAGUCGGCAUCAGCGCCCACGUCAUCCUGUACCGCUUCAGCAAACAUGACGCCAACACCAACAUCACAUCCCUAGAGGUGCGGUUGCAGUGUGAGAUGGAGGAUGUCAUCUCUCCGUCGGAUACAGAGAACACUCCAUGUUUUUCGGACCCCAGCGGUCACUCGCCCCAACCUCAGCCUCCCAGUCCCCGCUGCAACACACCGGACAGCGUGCGGGACAGCAUCCCUUGCCUCAAGGUUAAAGAUCGUAUGAUCCGAAUGCCUCCUGGAUACCAGGCGGAGCUGGUGGUUCAGUUAUUAUGGGUCGAUGGAGAGCCGCCACAACAAAUCACCAGCUUGGAUUUAAACUCCGCCUACGGACUGUUGGCUCUAGGUAACUGCAAUGGUUUGGCAGUUGUGGACUACCUGCAGAAGACCAUUUUGCUGUGUAUGAGCACCCUGGAGCUGUAUGGAUCUGCAGACCCUUUCCAGCGACUAACACGCUCUCCUCGCAAAAACCGGCAGUCCACAUCAGACUUUUGCAUGCGCGGCCUGUCUAACUUUCAUUCCGAUUCAAAGAAACGGAUCCGUACUUCCUACCAGAGUCUUACGGAGCUUUCUGAUAAUCAGGUAUCUUUGGACCUAGAGAGGAGCAAGUCACCCACCUCAGCACCCUACACACCUUCCCUCCAUAAUGACCCUCGAGGCACAGGGGAACCUGUGUCCAACCUCCGGUCCUGCCACUACAGUCCUGUCUUUUACCUUUUGGACAAUGUCAAGGGACCAGGCAGAAAGUUAAGUCUACCCACAGAUCUUAAGACUGAUCUUGAUCAUGUGAAUGGACAUUGCACUAGCCCCACCUCCCAGCCCUGUCUGACUGGGAGGGCCAGAGUCCCGGGGGGACCUGAAGGGCCACGCCUCGCCCGCAGGGGGCCUGGCCGACCGCCCUUCCGCAAGGCCCAGUCCGCCGCAUGCAUGGAGGUCUCUUUGCCUGUGUCCUCCCUCACCGAAGGAUAUCCGUCCCGACGAGCCAUGCUGCAGCAGUUACACGGAGUCAGUAUGUACUCUCAUGAUGAGCAUCACAUCACCACCUACUCCUGGAGCGAGAGAGAGAGUCGAGAAAACUCAUUCAGCCGUUCCCGGAGUUCUAGCGUUUCCAGCAUAGACAGGGAGACUAAAGAGGCUGUAACCACCCUGCAGUUUGCAGAGUCGUAUGGGCGUAAGUCAGACACCCUGCCUACGCCAUGCUUGUGGGUGGGCACAAGUCUGGGCCUGGUGCUCAUCAUACCAAUGUCCGUUCCUACGGACGAGCAGGAACGCCAGGAAGACCCUGUUACUGUGGCCCCCACUGGCACAGUGUUAAUGCUGAAGGGCUCUGUUCUGCGGUUUGGUUUCCUGGACUGUGGGGGCGCUCUUAUCAACAGUCCCUACGAGGUGUGGCGGGACCAACAUGCCCCAGAUGACUCAGAUCGACCCCGGAAGCGGAAACUGGUCAACUUCUCGCCCUCAUCUUCUCAGGAGGCCAGUGGAGAUGGUCACUUAGCUGUAGUGUGUUCGGAGAGGCAGGCCAAGGUCUUCUUCAUGCCCUCCCAGGCCUGUCUAUAUGUGCAUAACAUCACUGAGUCGUCCUUCGUGCUGCGGGCUGACGUGGUGUCGGUUUGUAACAGCGUUUGUCUGGCCUGCUUCUGUGCCAAUGGAAACAUAAUGACUUUGAGCCUUCCCAGUUUACGGCCUCUGCUAGACGUCAGCUACCUGCCGCUAACGGACAUGCGCAUUGCUAGAACAUUCUGCUUCACCAACGGAGGGCAGGCGCUGUAUCUAUGCUCCCCCACAGAGAUACAGAGAAUCACUUACAGCCAGGAGAUGUGUGACAACCUACAGGAGAUGUUAGGGGAGCUCUUUACACCCAUCGAGACCCCUGAGGCUCAGAACCGUGGCUUUCUCAAGGGCUUUUUUGGCGGCAACGCCCAAACCUUCGACCGAGAGGAGUUGUUUGGUGAGGCAGCAGCGGGUAAGGCGUCCCGCAGCCUGGCACAGCACAUCCCAGGACAGGGUGGAAUGGAGGGCAUGAAGGCGGCAGCAGGCGGGGUGGUGGGAGAACUGGCCCGAGCUCGCAUUGCCCUGGACGAGAGAGGACAGAGGCUGGGGGAGCUGGAGGAGAGGACCGCGCUGAUGAUGACCAGUGCCGACACCUUCUCUAAACACGCUCACGAGCUGAUGCUGAAAUGCAAAGACAAGAAGUGGUAUCAGUUUUAGAGGAUCCUCGGGGAGGGUGCGUUUCAUGCUCGUGCCACAAGAGGGUGCCACUCUGGUACUCGGACUCUGGUACUUGGACUUUCACUCUUUAAAAGAGAGAGAGCAAGCCAAACGGAUGGACUUAAGGGCUGUUCAGCUUCUCUUCUGUCUGUGUAUAGGAUUGUCUUACUCUUACUGGUUGAAACGGCUAAAACAAGAUUACGAAACAAUGGACAUGUACCAUUAGCAUUUAAGAGUAAGAGGGGUUCCAUACCC